UAUUGGUGUUGACAGGUAAAAGAUAAAAUUAAUGAAAAAUACAAAAAAAAAAAAAAAAAAAACACCCCCCCCAAAAAAAAAGAGGAAAAAAGAGUCGAUGGGUGAUGUCAAUGUUGCUCUUUCUUUCAACUACUGUUCUUUCUUCACUGAUAUUUAUCUCUUUCAAGUUCUUUAUGAUUCAGCCUUGACUAAGAGAAUGCAGAUUUGAACUGUUGGUAGUUGGUGUUGGUUUUUUCUUGAUGAGUAUAUGUCAGUUCUGUUGGAUUGAGGGCUGACGCUUAUUUUGACAAUAACUACCUGCAUAUAUCGUAUGGAUGACAGUGGGAAUCGCGAUAAUGGAAGGCAUAAACCGCCUCAGGGUCAGUGGUUGAUGCAGCAUCAGCCAUCAAUGAAGCAGAUAAUGGCCAUCAUGGCAGAAAGAGAUGCUGCCAUACAAGAGAGGAAUCUGGCCCUUUCUGAAAAAAAGGCUGCCUUGGCAGAGCGUGACAUGGCUAUCCUGCAGCGGGAUUCGGCAAUAGCAGAACGAAAUAAUGCCAUCAUGGAACGGGAUAAUGCCAUUGCUACACUUCAGUAUCGUGAAAAUGCUAUGACUGGUGGUCAGAUUGUCCGUGGAGUGAAACAUAUGCACCAUCCUCAGCAACAUGUACAUCACCAGCCACAUAUGGGAGAACCAACAUAUAACCCCAGAGAAAUGCACAUGGUUGAAGCCAUACCAGUUUCCCCACCUGCUCCGGAGCCAGCAAAGCCCCGUCGAAACAAAAGAGCUAAGGAGCCAAAGGCAGUGACAGGUUCCAAGAAGACUCCAAAAGCAUCAAAGAAAGUAAAAAGGGAAACUGAAGAUCUUAACCAAACAACAUAUGGCAAGUCUCCGGAGUGGAAGGGUGCACAAGAGAUGGUCGGGGCAAGCGAUGACCUUAACAGACAGUUAGCUGUGUCAAAACCCGACUGGAAGGAUCAGGACCUCGGGCUCAACCAAGUUGCUUUCGAUGAAACAACCAUGCCAGUCCCAGUUUGUUCCUGCACCGGAGUCUUAAGACCUUGCUACAAAUGGGGAAAUGGAGGUUGGCAAUCUUCAUGUUGCACAACCAAUUUGUCGAUGUAUCCUCUACCAGCUGUUCCCAACAAACGACAUGCUCGAAUUGGUGGUAGAAAAAUGAGUGGAAGUGCGUUCACCAAGCUGCUUAGUCGCCUGGCAGCUGAAGGCCAUGAUCUAUCAAAUCCAGUUGAUCUUAAGAACAACUGGGCAAAGCAUGGGACGAAUCGCUACAUCACCAUCAAAUAAUGCUUCCAAAGUCUUCAAUCUAGGACGGUAUACCUCAACAUCGUUUACAUAUUAUGUUUACCGUUCAUCACAUUCCUUUAGCCCCUAUGUAAGUUUGUCAUCGUUCUAAAAUGUUAGCUGUGGUUAAUUCAUCCACCUGGAUUCGGAGUUGGAUCAACGAGAGAUAACUGUAAAGAAGCCUGUAUUCAGGAUACUUUCGGUUGCACAACGUUGAUGUUAAAUGUAUUGAAUGUCUAGUAUGAUGCCUCUGUUUAUAGUUAUUAGUUUCAAGAUCA